CCGGAGGUGCUCGCGCCGGCGGGCGGAUGGCCGCAGUUGCGCGCGGCGAUCGAGACCGGCGCGGAUUGCGUGUACUUUGGGCUCGACGCGCUGAACGCGCGCGCGCGGGCGAGUAAUUUUACGCUGGAUGAGCUGGAUGAGGUGAUGGCGUACGUGAAGUCGCGCGGGCGGCGAGCGUACGUGACGAUGAACGUGUUGGUGUUCGACGAGGAGUUGCGGUUGGCGGAAACGCUGAUUCGAGGCGUGGCGCGCGCGGGCGUGGACGCGGUGAUCGUGCAGGACGUGGGGGUGACGCGGUUGAUUCGGAAGACGGCGCCGAAUUUGCCCAUACACGGGUCGACGCAGAUGAGCGUGACGAGCGCGGAGGGCGCGCGCUUCGCGCGAGAGCUCGGGUGCAAGCGCGUCGUCGUCGGUCGAGAGUUGAGCGUGACGGACAUCGCCGCGGUGAAAGCGAGCUGUCCGGACGUCGAGGUCGAGGCGUUCGUGCACGGGGCGAUGUGCGUGAGCUACAGUGGACAGUGCUUUUCGAGCGAAGCCUGGGGCGGUCGGUCGGCGAAUCGCGGUCAGUGCGCGCAGGCGUGUCGAAUGCCGUACGGAUUGGUCGUCGACGGCGAGCUGCGCGAGAUGGGGGAUGUAAAAUAUUUGUUGUCACCGCAAGAUUUAAUGGCGGUCGAGCUCGUGCCCGAGCUCAUCGAAUCCGGCGUGGGGUGCUUUAAAAUCGAAGGACGAUUGAAAGGUCCAGAGUACGUCGCCAUCGCCACGCAGGCGUAUCGCCGCGCGGUGGACUUGGCGUGGGACGCCAUGCAGAGCGGACGCGACGUGAAGCGCUCCGAAUUGCUCUCGAAAGAGCAGCGACUGGAACUCACGCAAGUGUUCGCGCGCGGCCAAGACGCGGAUUUCGAUGGAUUGACGCGCGGUUUCCUGGAGGGACCGCGGCAUCAAAAUCUCGUUCGCGGACGAGCCCCAAGGCAUCGCGGCGUCUUGCUCGGAGAAAUCGUGCGCGUGAUCAAGCCGGACGGCAGACGCUCGAACGGUGAGAUAGUCGUACGCACGAGCGACGGCGCGGCGAUGAAGCGCGGCGAUGGCGUCGUCAUCGAUCGAGGCGAGCCGCAAGAGAAGGAGGAGGGCGGUCGCGUCUACGAAAUUUUUGAUCGCAAUCGAGCGCUCUACACCGUUACGUUCGGUGCGAACCAAAUCGAUUUCAACCGGGUCGAGGUUGGACAGCUAGUGUGGAGAACAUCCGACCCGACGCUCGAGGCCAAGCUCGCGAAGAUGGUUCCCGCGGAGGCCGAGCCGAGUCGCGACGGUCGUCGAGAUCCGUGCACCGUCGUCGCGAGUGGUGCGAUCGGUGAACCGCUAGUCAUCAAAAUCAUCGAUGAUGCCGGACGAUUCGGAGAAGCUCGCACUGGUUCUGUGUUGGAGAAGAGUCAAAACAAGGCGCUCGACGAAAAUUCGUUGAAGAAAGCCAUCGGCGAACUCGGCGGAACGCCGCUCGUGGUGGCAAACGUCGACGCGCAGGCUACGGACGGACUUUACAUAUCACCGGGCGAGAUCAAAGCUGCGCGGCGGGACGCAGUCGAGUCGCUCCUGCGAGCGCGGCGAGACGGUGGCCCGAAUCGAGCCGAAGGAGCGAGCAAAGAACCGCGCGUGAAUCCUACGAGCGGGUUGCCGUCCAUCUCUGUGCUCUGUCGCACGCGCGCGCAAGCCGAAGCUGCGGUGACUGUCGAUGGCGUGGACGAAAUCGCUUUGGACUUUUUAGAAGUUCACGGAUUGCAAAAAACGGUUCGUCUCGUUCAAGCCGCGGGGAAAACAGCCGUGGUCGCCACGCCGCGCGUGCUGAAGCCAGAAGAAGAGCAACUGUGGCGAUACUAUCUCAAUCUAGGCGCCGACGCCCUGCUCGUGCGAUCGGCGGGUUUAUUACAGACACUGCUCGAACUCGGGCGCUCGGACGCCGAUGUCGUCAUUCCACCGCUUCGUGGUGACUUUUCAUUAAACGCCGCCAACGCAAUCGGUGCGGACGUCUUUCUGAGGUCAGGACUCGAGCGCUUGACGCCAACGCAUGACUUGAACGCCGAGCAGCAACGCGCGCUCGCAGUCGCCCUCGGUCCCGCGGGCGCGUCCAAGCUCGAAGUCAUCGUCCAUCAGCAUUUGCCAAUCUUCCAUACCGAACACUGCGUGUUCUGUCGAUUCAUGUCCGACGGAAACUCGUACAAAGAUUGUGGCCAUCCAUGCGAGAGCAAGCACUUGCACUUGCGAGACGACCGCGGUGCCGACCAUCUUGUCCUCGCAGACAUGGGGUGCCGAAACACCGUCUUCAACGCUCAGGCGCAAACGGGCGCGGAGUACCUGAAAACAUUCAUCGACGCCGGCAUUUGCCACUUCCGCGUCGAGCUCGUGGACGAGCCCGCGAGUGUGGUCCCCGAGCUUCUAUCGCGUUAUCGCGACCUAGCGAACGGGCGCACGUCCUCGAGCGAACUC